CCACAACCGGGAAUUUUUCAGGGUGGUGGCUGUUGGUGGACGAUUGACUUCCAGAAUUGUAUGGUUAAGCGUGGGAAUGUCAGCGUUCGUUUGAAGAGAAAUUGUUCCCGUUUUGUGUUCGGCAGGUCUUUUACUGGGAUCUUAAAUCUCAACAAUCUUUACCUUAAACAUUAGUGAACAGUAACCUCAGCAAAAGUGGAAGUUUAAGCUAACUGUUAGCUGUCUGUUUUCGAAGGCUUUUGCUAGCUGAGCUACGUCCAGCUAGUUGGCUAACAAGUUAGCGGUUUAGCUUGAUAGUUGGUAACAGCACAGUCAAGUCAAACGUUUAAGAUAUUGCGGACCAAUGCAGGCCAUAAAGUGUGUAGUUGUUGGAGACGGGGCUGUGGGAAAAACAUGUCUCCUGAUCAGCUAUACUACCAAUGCCUUCCCUGGGGAGUAUAUUCCCACAGUGUUCGAUAACUACUCUGCAAAUGUGAUGGUGGAUGGUAAGCCGGUCAACCUUGGAUUGUGGGAUACUGCAGGACAGGAAGAUUAUGACAGGCUACGCCCUCUUUCCUAUCCACAGACAGAUGUGUUCCUGAUCUGUUUCUCCCUUGUGAGUCCUGCAUCCUUUGAAAACGUUCGAGCUAAGUGGUACCCAGAGGUCAGACAUCACUGUCCCAACACUCCCAUCAUCCUUGUGGGAACCAAGCUUGAUCUGAGAGAUGACAAGGACACAAUCGAGAAGUUGAAAGAAAAGAAGCUCACACCUAUCACAUACCCGCAGGGCCUGGCCAUGGCGAAAGAGAUAGGUAAGUGUUUUUACAAGUUUCCAUCAUGGGUCGUUCUGGACAGGGAUUCUUAUGUAUGGUCAAAUGGUAGUCGUUUCACUAGUUUAAUUCAGGAUCUUUGCGAGAAACCAAGGUGUAGUUGAUGCUUACUGGUGAAUGCCGGGUAAGAUCAAGAGUUGAAGUGCUGUUGUGUUCAUGCUAUAUUUGUUUCUGGUCAUAUUUCUGUAUGUUGCCCAGUAAAUGACACAACCUGUCACACCUCUUUGCUCUG